UGUGCUCCGGGUAUGGGCCAUUUGAAAUAAGCAUGUUAGAUUACAACUUUGAGAGAGAAUCUAAAAGAUGCUGAUGCAAAGCUCAUCACUGUUUUCAUCGAACCCUGCGUGGGUAAAAGCACAGUACAACACAUCCUCCGUCGAUUCCAAUCCCAUGGCUGCCACCGUUCCCGGCCCUAAAUGGGCUCAGAAGACAAUUACUCUUCCUCCCCAUCGGCGAGGCUGCCAUCUCGUUACGUCCCAGAUAUUGAAGGAAAUUAGACCCGAUUUGUCAGAAUUUAAGUGUGGCCUUGCUCAUCUAUUCCUGCAACACACAAGUGCUUCUCUUACCAUCAAUGAGAAUUAUGACUCGGAUGUUCGUGGUGACACCGAGACCUUCCUCAAUAAAAUAGUUCCAGAGGGAAGGUCUGCGCCUUGGAAGCAUACGCUUGAAGGCCCUGAUGACAUGCCCGCCCACAUCAAAUCAUCAAUGUUUGGCUGCGCCCUAACGGUUCCUAUUACAGAUGGAAAACUUAACAUGGGAACUUGGCAGGGCAUUUGGCUUUGCGAGCAUCGUGAUGCUCCAACAGCUCGUCGAGUGGUGGUGACCCUCAAUGGCAUCUGAGGUACUAAAUAUGGAGAUGCUCUCUUCUCCCCAGGCUGUGUAAUGGUAUUACAUUUAAGAUGGUUUCAUAAUCACUAGCUUUAAUUUGUUGAUGGGAUAUACUAAUACGAGCUUGAAUGCCAUAAACUGUUUGUUGCUUUGUCGAAAUAACAUCGACAAUAAGAUGCUAUAGCAUUGAGUUUGUAAUC